CUUAGAGGCGGGGGAUAGAAUAAAUGCAAGAUGAUACAUAUGCGGUUCAGUUCCUCGGAGGAGAACCGGGGUCGGGAUAGAUUUUUCCAGCAGGCAAAGGAGAGUUUUGCAAAGAUGGUUUCCCUGAAAUCUCCGUCCCUGAUGCCGGUGACCGGCGCCGACGCGCUGCUCGGUCUGGGCUGCUUGGCUGCGGCUCUCCUCGCCUUCCUACUGGUGCGCCAGCUUGUCAAGCAGAGGAGACCCCCUGGGUUUCCUCCCGGUCCUUCUCCCAUCCCUAUCAUAGGAAACAUUUUUUCUCUUGCCACUGAGCCGCACGUCUUUCUCAAGAGGCAAAGCGAAGUUCACGGGCAGAUUUUCAGUCUUGACCUGGGAGGCAUCAUGACUGUGGUGUUGAAUGGUUAUGACAGUGUAAAGGAGUGCCUUUAUCACCAGAGUGAGGUUUUUGCAGACCGCCCCUCACUGCCUUUAUUCAAAAAAAUGACCAAAAUGGGUGGUCUUCUUAAUUGUAAAUUCGGGAAAGGCUGGGUUGACCACCGCAAGCUUGCUUGCAACUCGUUCCGUUACUACGGCAGCAGCCAGAGACUAUUUGAGAGAAGGAUCACAGAGGAGUGCAUGUUCUUUGUUGAUGCAAUCGACAGACACAAGGGAAAAGCCUUCAACCCCAAACACCUUGUGACCAAUGCGGUGUCGAACAUCACCAAUCUGAUCAUUUUUGGACAGCGUUUCACCUACGAUGACAGUAACUUCCAACAUAUGAUCGAGAUCUUCAGUGAGAACGUGGAGCUGGCUGUCAGCGGCUGGGCUCUCCUCUAUAAUGCCUUCCCUUGCAUUGAAUAUCUGCCCUUUGGAAAACACCAGAAGCUCUUCCAUAAUGCUGCUGAAGUGUAUGACUUCCUGCAGGAGGUUAUAAAACGAUUUUCCCAUGGCAGGGUGCCCCAUGCACCACGCCACUAUGUUGAUGCAUAUUUGGAUGAGUUGGAGCGAAACACAGGAGAUCCCAAUAAUUCUUUUACUUAUGAGAACCUCAUCUAUUCAGUGGGUGAGCUCAUUAUCGCUGGCACAGAGACUACUACCAACACCCUGCGUUGGGCUAUGCUGUACAUGGCCCUCUACCCCAACAUACAAGAGAGGGUGCACAGGGAGAUUGACAGUGUGCUGAUCAAUGGGAGGUCACCGUCUCUUGAGGACAAGCAUAGGAUGCCCUAUGUGGAGGCCGUUCUGCAUGAGGUUCUUCGUUUCUGCAACAUCGUGCCUCUUGGCAUCUUCCGAGCCACCUCCCAGGAAGCAAAAGUCAAUGGGUACACAAUUCCCAAAGGAACCAUGGUGAUAACAAACCUGUACUCUGUGCACUUUGAUGAGAAGUACUGGACGGACCCAGUAGUCUUCUCACCGGAGAGGUUUCUGGACAGCAGUGGAAACUUCAUGAGGCGAGAGGCCUUCCUUCCAUUCUCUUUAGGUAAGCGUCACUGCGUCGGUGAACAGCUGGCCAGAAUGGAAAUGUUCCUCUUCUUUACCACCUUGCUGCAGAGGUUUCAUCUUCAUUUCCCCCCAGGCACCGUUCCAACUGUUACUCCCAAACUUGGAAUGACUUUACAGCCGAAACCUUACUCCAUUUGUGCUGUUCGCAGACAACAGAAGUUUCACAGCUCUGAAGACACUCCUUAUCACAAAUAGUUUUGUUGGCUGCUUUGCACAGCAUGGCCUGUGGAUAUCGGUCUUUAAAACUGACUUUUGAGUAUCCGGAUGCCCCUUGACACUUCAACACAAUUAUAAGUUUAUUCAACUGAUAUAGAUUUUUUUUUAUAUGAGCAUAUAUGCAUGUUUGCACAAUAGUUUUAAACGGCAGGGGAGGCGACAGGUGCUGAAAGGACAUCCUGGGAGCACAAGCAGACUAUUGAUUUAAUUCCCUGAGCUCCUGCAACUAGAAAACGAAAUUUCUGUGAACCUUGGCGCAGUGGGGACGGCUUAGGUCAAUGAUUUAUAUUAUGUACACCAAUGAUGGUUCAUAGCACUGAUGUAGUAGGACAGCUUUGGGGAGAUUAACGACACUAGAUAUUCAUGCAGCUUGUGUCGGGCCAAAUUGGACUAACAGAUUUUCCAAGAAAGUUCUGAACAGUGUAUUGGGAUUGGCCCUGGGUCAAGAUUUACAACAUCUGGACUGACUCUGAACCUUUCUCCAGGGAUAGCAUUAUUUGGAAAAUCUAUCUCUCAGAAAGCAAAUGCAAAGCUGAUGGAGUUCUAGAAACCAACUUUCCAACACUGGUUUCUGGUAAAUGGUGCUUAUCAGUACUAAUAUUGUACUGUGUUUUUAUGUAAGAUUAACAUUUGUAUGUUGUUGUUUUUUUUUUGCAAUCCUGGUUGUGUUUCUUUUUGUGUAUUCAUAAAGUAUUGUGACAUUGAAAA